GUGAGGGGAGGUUCGCUGAACACCUCCGCUGUGCUUCAGAUCUCUGGUUCCCAUCGGGGUUUUCUCUGAAAAUUCGAACAAAAGGAAACAAAACGUUCAAAUAAAGAGGGGAGUUUCUGCUGGUUCGUGUUGUUUUCUCUCUGAAAAGUUCCUCUUUCACACCUUUUUAUCUUAGGAAACGCUCCUGAGCGAAAGGAGGUGGAACUGAGAGGUACCAUAGGAAAACGCACUUCGAGCUUUUGGAAGCGUACAAAACAAUCCUUCAAAUAUUACAUAUUGUCCCAGGAUGGGGACGAGAGCUGCCACCAAACCGUUUAUUGAAUGUAACGCAGCAAUGAGGGGAAUUCAUGUGUCCGCGUGAGGAAGCAGGAUGGAAAACCCUGAGGUGGUUCAGUGUCUGAGAGGAGGUGAAGGCAUGGGGCUGCAGAGCAGCGGGCUCAGGGCUGAGCCGGGCGCGAAGCUGCGCUUUCCUUCCGGGGGAUGUGCGGGGGUGGCCCUGACAGUGUAGCAAACUCGUUUCAUAGGACACAGGGAGACGUGGGACGUCGGUGUGAGGAGAACCCCCGGGGCCGCGCGGCUCUGCCCGCCAGUUGGUGGAUUCUGCUCUACAGUGUUUCUUUCAGAUCAGAAAAAUAACAGCCCCCUGUGAGAACAUCUGAAUUUGUCAUCCCAAGUUGGCAAAUGGUUUCAUGCUGCUUUUCUCCGGGUCAGAUACACAUCAGUCAGCAGUGAGAUGGUUUCAUCCUGGAUCCUGCACACAAGACAGAUCUUCAGUUCACAUGAUGAGUGACAGACUCUUAAGCAACUUGGAUAAACUCCUGCUCGAGUUCGUUUUCCAGCUAAAGCAAACUUCUUAUGCAAAGGAACAUGUAAAUCAACAGAUAAAUUUGUAUUCUUCAAAAAUCACGGAAAAAAGGAAUGAAAUUACUAGAUUGCAGGAAAGUAUAAAUAACAGCAAUGAUGCAAUUGCUGAUUUACGCAAGCAAAAUGAGAAUAGUAAGGACAGCUGUAAUGCCUGGAAGCCCACAUAUGCAAUUCUUAGCAAGCAUGAAGAAUAUUUGAAGAAUGAACUCAAAGAUUUACAAGAAGCUACAGAAAAUGAGAGGAAAAUGUAUCAAGAUUACAUAACCCAGUAUAAAGACAUUUUGAAGCAACACCGUGAAAAAUAUGCAGAAACUGCCCUUGCACAGGAGUACUACAAAAAAAAGGAAGAGCUUGAGGAAAUCCAGAACAGAAUUCAGAAAAAGUCUGAACAAUGUAAACUGAAAGAAGAUGCUGACCUGGACAUUCUUGAGCCUGCUCCUUUUAAAUCCAUUAACGACUGGGCUUUACAUAUUGCUUCUUUGAGGCAAAAAACACAGGAAAUGUUAAAGCUUGCUGAAACUGCCACACAAGAAUCAAUUGAACUAGAAAAAGAAGCAGACGAAUUAGAAAUGAAAAUUAAUUAUUUAAAGAAAAAAUUUGAAGAGACCACAGAAGAUCAAAAUAAUUCAGAAACAAUUGAAGGAAAAAAUCUGAAAAGCCUAGAGAAACCAAAGGAAUUUAAAGAAAGGAUAUUUGAAGAGAGUGAACAUCCUUCUUUGUUACAUGAGAAACAUCAACUGUAUAAACCAUUACAGCUCCCAUGCAUUCCUCGGAAAUCAGUCCAGUCUUUACAGACAGCUAGAUUCUCUAUGCAGCAAACAGAAACAGGGAGAGAAGAAAAAGAAAAUCCUACGGAACAGUCAGUUGCUACUAGCAGUUCUUCGAGCCAUGCAGAAAAUCCAGCACAGGUGGUUAUUGGCACUGCUGCGGCUACUGAUCUACAAGUAGCCCAAGUUCCAUCAGUAGCAAGUUUUCAAAGCCAAACACAGUUCAGACUGCUACGGCCUCCAAAGCAAGUGACUACUAAUCAACAGUUUGAGAGUGAGAAAAGUGUAAUAGAAGACCAAGAGGACAAACGUGAUGAUAAAGAAGCAGGAGAUGAGCCUAAGGAUUCUUCUUACAUACCUCAAGACAUGCACACAUAUUUUAAGCCAAACGAGAAUAAUCCUGACAGAGCAGAAGAAAGCACAGAACAUUUUCUAAGAGCACCUGAAACACCUGAGUUUGUCGGAACACCUGACUCAAAGGGGAAGAAAACCCAGUUUUCUAAAACACCUCCAUUUGACUUCAUUCACAACAUGGGUUGUGAAGAAACCACAUCAAAAUCUCCUGCUUUCUUUUCUCUCUUGGGCAUCUCCCAGAAGUCACCUGGCUUUAAUUUGUUUGAUUCUUCUGUAUUUGGAGCAGAAAAUUCGUGUGAUGAGAUAGAUGAAGGUUAUUCUGUGGGAAACUUGAAUCUCAUGUCACCACAUAAAGAUUUUGGAAGCUUAUUUGGGAAAUCAGAUAGUGAGGAUACGUUUGCCUUUCCCUUCCCCUUGGAAUCAACUUCUCAUGCUUUUGGAGAUGGCAAAGAUGACUUUAGUUUUCCGUUCGCAUUUGGACAAGAUCAGAGAUCAUCGCAGUCUCCUUCUGUGAAAGGUUUUCAUUCUUCCUUGCAAAAUACGAAGCCAUCUACAUUCUUUUGAAUACCUUUGACUUCCUUUUAAAUUCUUUUCCUACUCAGCCUUGACAAAUGUUUCCAUUUUCUUAAGAUAAAGUACAAAACGUUUCACCUUCUUUCAUUUCACUUAACACAUUAUUGCAAUUGCUGCAAGAGCACUUGUAUAUUCAUCAAGUGCGUGCUUUGGGAUGCAGCUUUUAUUUUUCUUAUUUAUGUUCUAAAUACGUUGUUUUCGUAAAAUGUGAUGAUAUGCUCUACCUAAAUUGACUCUUAGAAGCUGCAGAAAUGCCAUUUUAAAAUAGUAUGUGGAAUGAAUUCAUUAUCUGUGAGAGCAUCCAAACUUCUAGAUGAGUGUUUAUAAUCUCUGACUUAAGCAUUAGUAACAGUAACUGUUUAUUGUACCGGACAAAGCUGAAUUUGAGUUACUGUUCUUAAAUUGGUUAUCUGUUAUAAAAUUCUUGCAAUAAACAUUUUCAUUAAUUUUAUGUAAAGUUU